AUGAGCGAGGAAUUGGAGCAGCGUCCGGCUAAACGACAGCGCUUUUUUGUGGAAGAGCCUGCUUCUCCCAACCGCUUAACUAGCGAAACCAUCGACGCGUCCACACCGCGUCAUCACCCCGGACUCGAAGAUCCGGAUGCAGAGCGAGACGGCGAUAACCAUGUUCCAGACACUCCUCCAUAUGCAGACCAACCUUCCUCGAAUAUUGGAGCCUCUCACGAAUCGCCUGUCAUUGCAGCGGUGGAAGAUUCUAAGCCAACUGACACCCCACUGACAACGCUUCCCUCUUCAAAUGACAUAACGCAAAUACGAACCAGCGAGACGGUCCUGUCAACAGUGCAGCCUCCAAUAUCCACUGGAUUUGAUGUAGAUCUGUUCACUAGCAUCAUAGGAGAACAGUUGUCUGCGGAGUCUAUCGACAUCAUCCAAUCUGCCUCAUCGAAUAACGUGGAACGUGCGGUCAACAUAUACUUCGAUGGCUCCUGGAGAAAGCCUACUGCCAAGAAAGCGACAAAAACGUUACGACAAACUUUGUCAAUCAAAUCUGAGCCUGGCGAAACAAUUACCCCCUCGGCGUCAACAUCUAAGGGCAUGAAUGUCGAACAUCGAUCUUUAUUACAAAAACAGCCACCCGCAAGAUAUAUAGGAGCUUUUGGAGUCGGGGGAUGGGCGACAAGAAGCGGUCUUCCACUUCUUAAGCAUGGAGACUUGGUCAAAAUUGAGCGUGCGAGAUCUCAGCCUGUUGCAAAACGAGGCCGUGGCGGCAAGCUCUUCGUUAACCACAAGGAAGAUAUUCUGACCCGCUUCACAACUUCGUCCGGCCAGGAAGUUGGACGAUUACCACACGAGACUGCUGGGUGGGUUUCAACGCUGAUCGAUCAGAAAAUUUGUAAUUUUGAAGGGAGCUGUGUGUUCAUUCCCGAUCGCGUCCGCGUCAACGAUACGAUCUACAUACAACUUCGAUGCUAUUUUCGACGAGAAGCAUUUCAACGCGGUCCUUUUGCUGGAUCCACUCCGGAUGACAAUAGAUCUACUGGUUUAUUCGAGGAAAAGGAGAGCACAGAAGAGAAAAGCCUUCGCUUGCGACAGAUUGCUCUUGUGAAAUUGUUUCAUGAGAUCAAUCUUCAACCAGCAUCCAUUAACCCAACAACCGAAAAGCACAAGCGAGACGGUUUACUGCGUGCUGCUGAGAUGGCGGAGCAGUAUGAUGGCGUUAAGAAGGAAAAGGAAAAGGAAAAAGGCAAAUCGAACAAGGAUGCCAACGACUCGUCAUCUGAGGAUGAUACCCCAGAGUUAGAAGAGGACCAGCUUGACGCUCUCUACCGCAAGGCACAGUCAUUUGAUUUCAAUAUGCCGGAGGCCGAUCCGCCUUCAACAUUCAAGAUGAACCUUCGAAAAUAUCAGAGACAGGCUCUUUAUUGGAUGUUAUCGAAGGAGAAAGACAAAAAAGAGGCCCGAGAGCGGUCAAUGCACCCACUUUGGGAGGAGUAUACCUGGCCGACUAAGGACGUCGACGACCAGGAUCUGCCGGUCGUCCCUGAUAUUGCUAGGUUCUAUGUCAAUCCAUACUCUGGUGAUCUCAGUGUGGAUUUCCCAGCGCAGGAGCAGCAAUGCCUAGGCGGCAUUCUGGCUGAUGAGAUGGGUCUGGGAAAGACAAUCGAGAUGCUCAGUCUAGUUCACUCGCACAGAACCGAGCCCAACGGCGAGACUUCCAAUGGUAUUAGCUCUGUCAAUGACCUUGCUAGAGUCCCGAUAUCAUCUACUGGCAUGGUACCUGCGCCUUACACGACACUGGUCGUGGCACCUACCUCCUUGUUGUCCCAAUGGGAGAGUGAGGCAUUGAAGGCUUCUGAGCCAGGAACUAUGCGAGUUCUGAUGUAUUACGGGGCUGAUAAAGCGGCAAAUCUUCGAGAUAUUUGCUGUGAAUCAAAGUAUGCAUCCGCACCCCAUGUCAUUGUCACCAGCUACGGAGUUGUGCUUUCUGAGUUCCGUCAGCUUGCGGCCCAGCCCUCUCCUAUGGCAGCAGCCGCCCUUGGUGGUUUAUUUUCCGUGGAAUUUUUCCGUAUCAUUCUUGACGAGGCUCAUAUCAUCAAGAACCGACGGUCGAAAUCUGCUCGUGCUUGCUACGAGCUUCAAGCCAUGCAUCGAUGGGUGCUUACAGGCACGCCGAUUGUCAAUCGUUUGGAAGACCUGUUCUCUUUAGUUCGAUUCCUCAAGGUCGAACCAUGGAGUAACUUUUCUUUUUGGAAGACUUUCAUUACCGUACCGUUCGAGAAUAAGGAAUUCGUCCGUGCUUUGAAUGUUGUGCAAAGUGUCUUGGAACCGCUCGUCCUCCGGCGAACCAAGACAAUGAAAACUCCAGAAGGCGAGCCCUUGGUACCGCUUCCCAAACGAACUGUCACCAUUCAUGAAGUUGAACUCUCAGAUAAAGAACGUGAGAUUUAUGACUGCAUUUACAUGCGCGCCCGGCGAACCUAUAACGAGAAUGUUGAAGCCGGGACUCUCCUCCAAUCUUAUUCCACUAUCUUUGCUCAAAUUCUUCGUCUGCGCCAGACUUGCUGUCACCCGAUUCUAACUCGUAACAAGGACAUCGUUGCGGAUGAGGAGAAUGUCGCUGCUGCGCUCGACGCAACAAAUGAAUUCAAAGAUGACAUGGAUCUCCAAGAAUUGAUCAAUCAAUUCACAACGACGACUGAAACCGCCGAGACGGAGGACCGAAUGGUAAAAUUCACAGCUCAUGCCUUGCGACAAAUUCAAACUGAAUCUAGCGGCGAGUGUCCAAUCUGCUGUGAAGAACCUAUGAUCGACCCAGCAGUUACAGCCUGCUGGCAUAGUGCUUGCAAGAAAUGCCUGGAAGAUUUCGUACGCCACCAGGUAAAUAAAGGCGUGCAACCUCGUUGCUUUUCGUGUCGGCAAUCGAUCGACGCACAAAACAUUUUCGAGGUCAUCAAGCAUCCUCUUUCGCAUGCUAUUACGCCCUUGGAACAGUUUGCGUCUAGCGAAACUCCGCCAUCUGAUACUCAGCCCGCACCACGCAUUUCGCUUCGAAGAAUCAAUCCUCUCUCGCCAUCAGCGCAUACUUCUGCAAAAAUACAUGCCCUAAUCAAUCAUUUAUCUCGAAUACCUCAGAACACGAAGUCUAUCGUUUUUUCGCAAUUCACCUCCUUUCUUGACCUAAUAGGUCCUCAACUAUCCAAGGUUGGUAUUCAUCACCUUCGUCUCGACGGAUCUAUGCCGCAAAAAGCACGCGCAGCUGUCUUGGCUCAGUUCACCAAGGAUGAAUCAUACACCGACGAGAUCAUUGAUACAGAAGAUGAGGCACCCACUCGAAGAGGACUCUCUAUCUCAUCCAAGCCCACUCCAACCGUUCUCCUCAUCUCUUUACGUGCCGGUGGAGUCGGUCUCAAUUUGACCACUGCGAGCAAUGUAUUUUUGAUGGAUCCAUGGUGGAGCUUUGCCAUUGAAGCUCAGGCUAUCGAUCGUGUCCAUCGCAUGGGCCAGUUACGCGAUGUAUCGGUAACGCGAUUCAUAGUCAAGGAUUCUAUUGAGGGUCGAAUGUUGCGCGUACAAGAGCGCAAAAUGAAUAUUGCUGGUUCAUUAGGAUUGCGCAUCGGCGGCGACGAAUCGGAGGAUGAUAAAAAGAAAGAUCGCAUUGCCGAGUUGAAAUUACUCUUUGAAUAA